AUGGAAAAUUGGAGAGAAUCAUAUCUGGAUGCGUGUAAAAACCAUAAUUGUCCGAAUAACACCGUAUGUCGUGAAUUACAAGAUUCCUAUAAUUGUGAAGUUAUCGGGUGUGUGGGUUUUCCGGGUGUUAAUAAUAUCAACUCGUCAUCGUUUGAAGCUGAACCUUUGUGGGGGGUCAAUGAAAUGGUGGAAUAUGUUUGUGAACGUGGAUAUUUCCCGUCAAUCAACCCAGUUUGUACCGAAGAUGGAACGUGGAGUGAGUUUGUCUGUUCACCGUAUUCUAAAUGUGGUGAAAUUAGAAACUGUAAUGAAAGUAUGGAAGAAAAGGAUUAUUGGCUGUAUGCUGCCGAAUACCAAACUCGAGUCAAAUUGUUCUGUAAAUGGGGUGUGGGUGCAUUUGUCAGUCUUCAACAUCCGAACAUGGCGUCCUUCUCGGAAUACACGAUAACAGGAACAGACUGCGCAACGAGUCCAUUAGAUAACCCAGAGACCAAGGGAGCUGGAACAACAGAAUUUCAAAAAAUAAAAUUGCAGAUACUCAAAGGUUAUAAAAUAAUUGUUUAUAUUCAUUUCGUCACAAAUAGUUCUCUAAACCCCAAAGAUUAUGGUUCAGCUAAAGAUUGUUACCCUAAAGAUAAUGGUUGUGGUGUUUUGGGAAAAUUUGUUAUCGACACCCGAAGGACGGGCUUUAAGUUUCCAGACUCCCUGACGUGGAAAACCGUUGGGACAUCCGCAGUGAUUGGAAAUAUAACCCGGUCUAUGGGUGGUCACGUGAUAACAGGAUUCUGUGGAGGAGAUUGUGGUGGGUGCGAAAUCGAUGAAACCGGAAAUGGAACUUAUCUGCAGAUAGAUAUAAACGAUAUGCCACCGUUCGAAUCAGCAGAACUGCCACUUUGUCAAUUUCUGGUUUAA